AGCUCAUAGCACUUCUACUGCUGACUUGAGCUCUAGUGCAGCGGCAGAUUUACACACAACUUUAGGGAUAUCAGUUCCCAUUAAUAGUUCAAAUGUGGCAUUAUCUUUAGUUGCUGUGACGAGCUCAAGUAAACUGCCUAAUUUAAGUACAGCAAAUGACAUACCUACAUCUCCUCAUAUUACAUCUGAAGUAAGAUAUACUAAUACAACCUUUUCUAGUAUAGCACCUGGACUUAGUUCAACUGUAGAGGGAUUGCUCAGUCCAGCAACAACCAUUUCAGUGACUUUGGUUCAAUCUGUGAAACCUAUAAGUGCUAUAAACACAACGGUUGCCCUAGAAAAUACUACUAAUGGAACAGCAAAAUACACUUCAGUUUCUUCAGUUCUGCCUCCAGUAAUUUCUACAGUGAACAUUUUCACAAGCAUAACAACCCCUGCCAAGACUUCACUCAGAAAUACAACAUCUACUGUAGUCUGUAGCCGGCCUUGUCUCAAUGGCUACUGCACCAUUAUGUCUGGUACCUCCAAUCCCAUCUGCAUGUGCAAUAAUGGUUUUGGUCUGGACCAAUCUCAGAUGAUGUGCACAGAUAUCGAUGAGUGUGCACUGAAGCAAAGCAACUGCCAGCAACUCUGCUCAAACACUUUUGGUUCUUUCAGCUGCUCAUGCCAAGACGGUUAUGAGAAAAACAUUAGUAAUCCACAGAAUUGUGUUGCUAUUAACCACUGUCAAAACACUCCCUGCAAAAAUGGCCUGUGCCAAAAUGGUUUGUAUGGUUAUACAUGCAGCUGCAGCAUGGGAUGGAGUGGAACAAACUGUGACAAAGAUGUUAAUGAAUGUGCAGGAUCUAAUGCAUGCAGCUCAAAGAGUACCUGCGAGAACACAGACGGCUCCUAUAACUGUCAGUGUCGAAAAGGCUGGUCAGGAGCAACUUGUACACAAGAUGUAGAUGAAUGUCUUUACCUUCCAUGUAAAAAUGGUGGGUCAUGUUUCAAUACCGAUGGAAGUUACACCUGCUUCUGCCAACCUGGGUAUAGUGGUUUAAACUGUAGUCAAGAAAUAAAUGAGUGUCAAAGUAACCCUUGCCAAAAUGGAGCUACCUGCAAUGAUUUGGCCAAUGCGUUUAACUGUACUUGUAACCAUGGUUACACAGGAAGAUUCUGUGAAGUUGAUAUUGAUGACUGCAUUAAUACCCCAUGCCAAAAUGGUGGAAUUUGUAUUGACAGAGUCAAUGGCUUUAAUUGUCGUUGUCUGGUGGCUUGGAAUGGAACAAUCUGCGAUAUUGAUGUGGAUGAGUGUGCAAGCCAGCUUCAUAAGUGCAAUGCCAAUGCUAACUGUACAAACAUUGCAGGAUCGUAUACAUGUGCAUGUAAAGAUGGAUACAGGGGCGAUGGAUUUACCUGCAGAGAGAUUCGCCUGUUUAACUACAAUGAGGAUAUUAGAAUAACCCAACGGUUAAAGGACUAUACAUCUCCAUUAAUCAAUGUUCCUAUGCGCUUCCCAUUUGGCUCCUCAUUUUACAGCAAUUUAUAUUUCACAGAUGAUGGGGUCAUAAUGUUUCAGCGUGUUUUCUAUGAACCCAUGUACACAUUCAACUAUCCCAGUAGUUUUAAUAAAUAUAAUGCCUACUUGCCUCCCAUGAUUGCUGUUUUUUGGGCAGAUGCUGAUAUGCGUCAAUCAGGGGAAUUAUAUUAUCAGACGUAUGACUUCCAAAUGUCACCAAAUUCCAAUAUUCCGUUUAAAAUACAACUUGAGAAUGAGAUACACAAAUAUUUCACUCUGAAUAUUACAGUCCUCUGGGCAAUCAAAAUCACGUGGGAGCAGGUUCUGCCUUUUCCAGCUUACUACUUUAAACCAGACCAAUCUAAUACAUAUCAGGCUGUGUUAGUCACCAAUGGAGUAUAUUCUUUCUGCCUAAUGCGCUUUGAUGAUGGAGGAAUGAACUGGAGAUAUGAUGAACUACCUACAAACUAUCUUCCAAAAAUGGGAUAUUUGAGCAAUAUUGCAGCAUUUAAUGACCCUCAGACAAAAUAUUCAGGUGAUCUACAGAUGAUUUACACUCCUGAUCAAUAUAAAGGAUUUAACACAAGUAGACUUGGCUAUUGGGCUUAUCAACUUGACACUAAUACAGCAAACACCAAAAAUUCCUGGCAGCAGUGUCUCAGCUGGUAUUAUAGUGAACCACCAAAUCUAUACUGGUCCGACUAUACUCCUCCUUGUCCCUGCUCUUGGUUUCAGGCCAUCUUUGAUUCAUCUUUCAUCUCUUCCUCCAUUCUGAAGUUAUAUGGGUUUAAAAGGAAAAGCUCAGAUAACUUUAUGACAUUCCAGAGCUCAUUUCCUAGUAUAUACGACGGAGGAACAAGAUGUUACUACUAUUCAUCUGGAUCACUUAUAUAUGGAGAAAAAGAGAAAUUCUUGCCAAUCCCAUGGAUAAGAACAGCACAAUUAGGAAAUCAGUAUCAAGUGAAUGAGGUCGAUCCUUAUGAAAACUGUUGCAAUUCCGGUUCUUACUAUCUUUGCUCUCUGUAUUUGUUAAAAAGACCCCGGGAUUUCUGCUAUGGAUACAUCCCACCACAAAUAGGAUUUUUCUUUGGGGACCCUCAUAUUAACACACUGGAUGGAGUGAAAUAUACCUUCAAUGGUUUAGGUGAAUUUACAUUGGUCAAUGUUAAGGACGAUAAUGGUACAGUUUUCAAGCUGCAGGGACGCACAGCCAGAGCUGGGAUUAAUGGAACAUCCCAAGCAACCAAUUUUGUGGCACUGGCAGCAGAAAUAAAUAAUGAAACGAUUGAAUGGCAACUGUUUGGUGAGAAUACGACAAUUGUUAAGACUAAUGGAACUGAACUCCCAUUGUCUGCUGGAAAUGUCACAGCACUCAGCAAGGUCACGCUAGAAAUUACAUCCGAGGGUAAAAUCAAAGCAAGCUUUGAAGGUGGCAUCUCUCUGUCAGUAUCUGCUACACUUGGAGCUUUGAACUUUGUUACAACAUUGGCUGCUUCAUUUAAAAACAAAACAGAAGGACUUCUGGGUGUCUUCAAUGGAGAUGUGACAGAUGACUUAAAGUAUUCCAAUGGAACACUUCUGAACUACGAUGGAGUGAAACUCCCCAAUGAAUCCAAGAUUUUUGACAUGGGAAUAACAUGGAAAAUCACUCCACAAGACAGCAUCUUUACCUAUAACUCUACAAAUAAUGAAUCUUGGUACACCUACAACAAUAAUAGUUUUUUGCCUCUGUUUUAUGACGAGCUACUUAGGACUACAAACCAAAGCGUAAUUGACAGUGCAAAUGCAACCUGUAAAGGAAAUGAUGAAUGCAUUUUUGACAUCCUGAGUACGGGCAAUGAUGCCGUGGGACAAGCCACUCUUGGCACUCUAAAUGCAGCCACAGAACAAAGCAGCAACAUGAAUAACUUUCCUCCAAAUAUAACUGGGCCAAGCACAAUUAAUGCCACUCUGAACACGCUAGUGACAGUGAACUACACAGCAACAGAUCAGAACAACGACCCCGUGGUGUUCUCAGUACUGACAGAUUCCAAGGAUGUCAAUAUCACAUCUAAUGGUCGGCUAACGUGGAAUCCAAACAGCUCAGACCCAAUUAACAUCACUAUCCGAGCAAAUGAUUCUAAAGCAGUCACUGAUUUAGUCCUGACACUUGUGCUGUGUAACUGCUCAAACAACGGCAGCUGUCUCUAUGACCAGACAAUUACUCUAUCAAAUUACACGAAUUUCAAGAUGGCUGGAUGUAACUGCUCUGCUGCAUGGACUGGAAUGUAUUGCAAUGAAGAUUUUAAUGGCUGCAUAGAAAAUAAAUGUUAUGUGAACAAUAGCUGUAAUGAUACAAAAGCUCCUGGUGUAGGAUUUUCAUGUGCUGCAUGCCCUGAAGGCAUGACUGGAGAUGGAAUACAAUGUUCUGAUAUUGAUGAAUGUUAUUACAACAUGUCAAAUUGUGAGCAACUAUGUAACAAUACUGCCCCUGGAUACAACUGCAGCUGUAGGGAAGGUUAUACAGUGAGUGAACAAAACCAUUCCAGGUGUGAAGAUAUUGAUGAAUGCAGUAAUUCUAUUAAUUAUCCUUGUGGUAACAAUAGCACAAGGAUAAUGUGUACCAAUGGCCCUGGAAACUACUCAUGCGAGUGUAAGAAAGGGUAUAAAGGAAACUCUUCUAUACUAUGUGUUGACAUCAAUGAAUGCACAAAUUUGUCUAUUUGUCCAAACACGUCCACUUGUAGCAACACAGAUGGCUCAUACUCCUGCAACUGUCUGCCGGGAUAUAAUGGGACAAAUUGUACAGAUAUAAAUGAAUGUGAGACAAACAACGCAUGUCCCAUGAAUUCGACCUGUAAUAACACUAUUGGAUCAUACAUCUGUAAUUGUAAAACAGGCUACAGUGGAGUCAAUUGUACAGAUAUUGAUGAAUGUGCAGAUUCAUUGAAUAACUGUGGUUCAUAUUCUCAGUGCAACAAUACUAUUGGGUCGUACAAUUGCUCAUGUUUGCCCGGAUACACUGGCAAUGGGCUACAGUGUGAAGAUAUUGAUGAGUGCAAGAAUAACAGUACUAACUGCACUGCAAACAGCACCUGUAUGAACACCAAUGGCAGUUUUUCUUGUGAAUGCAAUAAUGGAUUUACAAAAGUUGGUGGAUUGUGUGAAGAUAUCAAUGAAUGUAAUAAUACUUCACUAUAUUGCACGGGUCCAGGACAAAUAUGUCAAAAUACUCCGGGCAAUUUUACAUGUGGUUGCUUACAAGGGUACAAUAAUACAGCAAACAACAUCUGCCAAGAUAUUGAUGAAUGUGCUUCAAAUACGACCAAUAACUGCUCAAUUGAUGCAAUCUGCUCCAAUAUAGAUGGUUCUUUCAAAUGUCAGUGUAAGAGCAACUAUACAGGAGAUGGUGUUAAUUGUACAGCAAUAGAAACUACUACAAGUGAGAUUCCGCUUAUCAAUGCAACCAGUUUUACUACUCCAUUGCCACAACCUCAGAGUACAAUAAAUCAAACAUUUGUAUAUAAUACGACAACAACAUCUGGAAAUGUAACCAAUGGGACAAGUGAGAUUCCCCUUAUCAACUCUACCAGUUUUACUAGUCCACUGCCACAAUCUCAGAGUACAAUAAAUCAAACAACAUUUGUAUAUAAUACAACAACAACAUCUGGAAAUGUAACCAAUGGGACAAGUGAGAUUCCCCAUAUCAACUCUACCAGUUUUACUAGUCCACUGCCACAAUCUCAAAGUACAAUAAAUCAAACAACAUUUGUAUAUAAUACAACAACAACAUCUGGAAAUGUAACCAAUGGGACAAGUGAGAUUCCCCUUAUCAACUCUACCAGUUUUACUACUCCAUUGCCACAACCUCAGAGUACAAUAAAUCAAACAACAUUUGUAUAUAAUAUGACAACACCAUCUGGAAAUGUAACCAAUGGGACAAGUGAGAUUCCCCAUAUCAACUCUACCAGUUUUACUACUCCAUUGCCACAACCUCAGAGUACAAUAAAUCAGACAACAUUUGUAUAUAAUAUGACAACAACAUCUGGAAAUGUAACCAAUGGGACAAGUGAGAUUCCCCUUAUCAACUCUACCAGUUUUACUAGUCCACUGCCACAAGCUCAAAGUACAAUAAAUCAAACAGCAUUUGUAUAUAAUACAACAACUUUAGCUCUAAGCACAAGUAAGAUCACAUUUGCAGUCACAACAGCAGCAGUGACUUCAUCUACUAUCAAACCUACUACUGCAGCAACAACUACUACUACUACUACUACUACUACAGCAUCAACAAUAUCAACAACCACUGCAACUACUACCAAAACAUCUGCUGCAAGUGGUAGUGUGAUUAAACCUGUCACCCUCUUUAACUACAGUGCAGUAUAUGGUGACACACAGUUUGUUGUCCGAAGCACAGAUUUUACUUCCCCUCUGUUUCAGCCACAAAUGGGCUUUCCCUUUGGGGGCACCCUGCAUGAUUAUAUAUAUUACACAGACAAUGGUCAGAUCAUUUUCCCGACAUCUCAAAAUGAUGUCUUCGUCUACACUAACCCACCAACCGGUGGAUUUACUUCCAACUAUCCAGUAUCCAUGAUCGCUGUAUUUUGGGAUGAUGCUGAUUUUUCUAAAAAUAUUGGAACAACAUAUUAUCAGGUAUAUACAAAGAAUAGUGCUAGCACUAAUAGCAUCAAUGUAUUCCAAGAUGUGGAGAGCAUGGUGAGAAAGUAUGUGAACAGCACAUAUGCUGCUGAAUGGACCUUGAAGAUUACAUGGGAAAAAGCCCCUGCCUACCCAGCAAAAACAAAUGAUACUCAGACAAAUACAUACCAAGCUGUACUCACAACUGAUGGUUAUGUAUCAUAUGUCCUAAUGCUAUACAAAGAUGGAGAAAUGAACUGGGAUGUAAACUCUCACUUACCCAACCUUGUCAUUGGAUAUUCCAGUGGAAAUUUCUUCAAAAAUGAUGACCUGAUGAGUCGCCCAGUUUCUGAGAAGUAUCGACCAUACAAGUUUCAAGGACAGACUGCAGAUGACGUUCGAGGACUCUGGAUAUAUCCCCUAAACGAUAAAUCUGUGGAUAACAAUCGCAUGAUGUGCUUAAAAUGGGUCACCUCUCAACCUGAUCCCUCACAGUGGAAUUCUGGCUUACUAUCCUGUCCCUGUUUAUACCAACAGGGACUCUCUGAUUUUAGAUUCAGACAAACGAAAGCAGGUCAGUCUGGUAGCAUCACAAUGCUCCGUACUUCCUUCCCUAGUUGGUCUUAUGCUGGUAUAAGGUGUUUAUAUUACAGAAAAAAUCAAUUUAUAGAAGGCUUCCAGGAAAGGAACUGGAUUUUCAAAUCAUCGGGGACAGACCAGGAGCUCGGAGCUUAUGACACUUGCUGCAAUCAGUUGGAUGAUCCACAGUUCUGUUUAAUGUAUAUGCAGAAGAGACCACUUAUCAGUUGCAGGACUUAUAGGCCUCUAGUCCCUGCUUGGAUGUUUGGAGAUCCACACAUAUCAACUCUGGAUGGAUUCAGCUACACCUUCAAUGGACUGGGAGACUUCAUCCUGCUAAAUGCUACAGACUCCAGCACCUCUCUUAUUCUUCAGGGACGGACAGAGCAGACUGGCAGUGCCAAGGCCACUAACUUUAAAGCAUUUGCUGUACAAUAUACAUCAGUCAAUACCACUGUUACAGCUGAGUGGUACCUUCAAACGGAUGGUAACAUCACAACUUACGUGAACAAUCAGGUUGUCUCAUUCAGCUUUUCUGAUGAUAUGGAAACAUGGAUGAAUGAUUCCUACACAAAUGCUUUGUUGGUGAAGAAUGAUUCUAUUACAGCAACGUUCGGAGGUCUGAUUUCUGUGUCAGUUUCAGCCUACUCUGGAAUCAUGAAUGCCAUAACCAGUCUUCCAUUGCAAUUCAGUGGGAAAACCCAAGGCUUAUUGGGAGUCUGGAACUCAAAUACAACUGAUGAUUUGCAAAUGCCGAAUGGAACCAUUAUCAGCACAAACAGCUCUGAAGAAGAGAUCUACAACUUUGGAUUGACAUGGACAGCCAGUGGAGUGAACCUAUUCUCCCAAUCGAGGGCACUGCAAAGAACUGCAUUCAAACCCACCUUCUUGAGUGACUUGCAAAAGCAGAAUAUGAGCAGAUACACUGAACUGUUGAGCCUGUGCAAUGGCAAUACAGAAUGUGUCUAUGAUGGGCUGACUACUAACAAUACUAAAUUAGCUUUAUUAACUCAGAAAGCCUCUGUUCAAUACCAGGACACCAAAACUAUCUUAAAUGCCGAACCACCUUUUAUUAAUGGCAGUGAUACCAUCCAGGCAUUCAUGAAACAAACGGUGACUGUACAAUACACUUCCAAUGGCACAGGAGUCACUUUUGCUGCAGAUGUCCCAUAUACGGAUGUAACCAUAAGCUCUAAUGGGCUUCUGAGCUGGACUCCAACAAGCAUCCAAGGCUUCAGCUUACAGCUUACAGCUACCGAUUCAAAAAACUACUCCUCUGCUUUGAAGCUUAAGUUUGUUGUCUGUAGUUGCCGUGUGGCCAGUGAAUGCAACUACACCCAGACAACUAUAGUUAAUGCCACGUCUCUCUCUACAGCAAGCUGCAGUUGCACCAACAAUUACACUGGGUCUUUCUGCACAACUCCACCCAACCUCUGUGUUCAGGGUUGUUACCCUGGAGUGUCAUGUAACAACAUUACUGGCUGUGGGUCGUGUCCUGCUGGACUCACUGGAGAUGGAUUGCACUGCAAUGAUAUAAAUGAAUGCUUGCAAAGUGGCACCUGCUCUGUUAAUGCAAUAUGUACAAAUACACCACAGAGCUAUAACUGCACCUGCAAUGCAGGCUUUUCUGGCAAUGGAACCUCCUGUGCCGAUAUCAACGAGUGUAGUACUUCUUCUCCAUGUGAUACUAAUGGUGUGUGCACCAACAUCCCAGGCAGUUACAUAUGCACAUGCAAGAGUGGAUUUACAGGCAAUGGAACAUCCUGUACUGAUAUCAAUGAGUGUAAUACUUCUCCAUGUGAUACUAAUGCUGUAUGCAACAACAGUCAAGGAAGUUACACUUGUACCUGUAAGAAUGGAUUUACAGGCAAUGGAAUCUCCUGUACGGAUAUUAACGAGUGUAACACUCCUCUGUGUGAUACUAAUGCUGUGUGCAACAACACCCAAGGAAGUUAUACGUGUAAAUGUAAGACUGGAUUUACAGGCAAUGGAACAUCCUGUACUGAUAUCAAUGAGUGUAAUACUUCUCCAUGUGAUACUAAUGCUGUAUGCAACAACAGUCAAGGAAGUUACACUUGUACCUGUAAGAAUGGAUUUACAGGCAAUGGAAUCUCCUGUACCGAUAUUAACGAGUGCAACACUCCUCUGUGUGAUACUAAUGCUGUGUGCAACAACACCCAAGGAAGUUACACGUGUAAAUGUAAGACUGGAUUUACAGGCAAUGGAACCUCCUGUACUGAUAUCAACGAGUGUAAUACUUCUCCCUGUGAUACUAAUGCCGUGUGUGCCAACACCCUAGGAAGUUACACAUGUACCUGUAAUAGUGGAUUUACAGGAAAUGGCACGCAGUGUAGCUCAUGUGGUUCUUGCGCAUCAGAUUACUGCUACAAUUUUGGAAACUGCACAUGGGUAGGAAGUAGCUGUGCCCAGACAUGCACAUGCAAUCCAUCAUUCAGUGGAGACAGAUGUCAAAACACUAGAAACACUUUUACUGCACAGUUAAGCUCAAGUGUGCCAAAGAGAACCAUUUAUAUAUUAUUUAACCCUGGUGGAUCCACCAAUGAGUCCAUAGCUUUUAAUGAGGUUGGCCUUUUGAUAAACAAAAGCUCUUUUUCACAGUUCAGCCGCUUGUCUAAUUUCAAUGCCACAAACAAUUCUCUGGCAAGUCUCACAGCUGAGUUUAACUACGCUGCAAACACAACAAUAAUUAAUCAACUGAAUAACGACUUAAUAAAUAAUGUGAAGAAAACACUUGGUAUUAAUAAAGGGACAAGCCGGGCAGGUGCAGGAUACAUAUAUCAGGAUGUCCAAAAUGGAGCCAGUUUGACUGCAGACCAAUUGAUGAAAUAUGCAAGCUGUAAUGUUCCUGGAUACAGUUCUAAUUCCUACAAAUUGGAUGACAGCUUUGGCUGUGUGUCAAAGUGUGUUGGUUAUUGCCAGAAUGAUGGAGUGUGUACACUGCUGCCUAAUCAAACCAUUUGCAGCUGUACAUCAUAUAGCAUAUACACUGUCUCUGGGGAUCAGUGUGAACAUCUCUCCAUGAACCUGAAUGCUUUCUUUGGUAUAUUAUUUGGAGCUUUGGCAUUCCUUUUCCUCUUAAUGCUGGGCAUUGGACUGGCUAUCUACUUCUGUAACAGGAAAGAAGAUUACGAUGACACCGAAAGGAUAUUCCCAACCAAGAUAACAGUGAAACGAUCCCCACUGUCCAGUUUAUCUACUGUAAAAGAAUCUAUAUUACCAACAGCCUCAAAGAAGGAAAAUGAACCUCACCUUGUAAGCUGGAGAUCUCAUCAAGAGAAAAUACACAACUUGUAUGAGGUGAGAAAACCAGAACUGAAACCUGAACUGAAUGACAAAUGAAAAGAGAACUAUUUUCUUCAAUGACGUUUUAGCUGGCUUCCUAAAACUGAGAGAUAAUAUGACAGUUAAAAUAUUUUUUCCCCUGGUUCAAUUUAAUCUCUUUUUCAGAAGUAUAAGUGACUGCAUCUUUACUAUAGGAUAAAGCUAUUUAUUGAUGAUAUGUUAUGUCCUUGUUUAUCACACACCUAUUGGGGGAUGAAUCCUAUCUUGCAUCAUUUCUUUUUUACAUUUGUUUACAUGAGGGCCACUAGGCAUGUGCAGCUGAAAUCAGUCUCUAUUUUAAAAAAAAAAUGCCUAGAAUUGAGUGUCACUUUCUGUGAGCAACAUUGAAAUAGCACGUCUCAUUGUCACUAAUAUUUCUUCCCACAUCAUUUGCAAGUUUACAUUAAUGAACAAAUGCAAUUAGUUCUUCAACUCAACAUGCUAAUUUAUAUAGAUUUCUAUGUACCAAUGUUUUUUCCUAUUUUUUUAAUUAGGAAGAAAAUAUAUUUUAUUUCACUCUGUGAUAGUAAUUGAUUUUGGGGAUCUAUUUUUAUCAUUAAUAGUGUAUUAAUUUAUCUAGUGCAAAUAUUAGACAACGCAAUUGAGAUCUGAGAUAUAUUUGUGAUUGUAAAAAAUACUCAUGGCAUAUUUAAUCAUAUUUAUUAUAUUCCAUUAAAUUUUAAUUAAAUCA